CGACUCGGGGCCGCGCGCAGGCGCAGUUCGGCGGGGCGGGGCGUUCGCGCAGGCGCGGCAGCGCCGCCGCCUUCCGCCUUCGGCUGGGCCGCGUGAGGGCUCAGAGCGGUCCGGUUGUGUCGCGCCGGAGGGGACGGGGCUCCUGGCCCUAUCACACCUUCAACCUGAGGCAAAUCCCACCUUAGACCUGACCUUCGGUUCUGCGCCUUAAAACCGCCUUCAGGACUUAAAUGUAGUCUGUCCUGCUGAUUAGCAGUGUUGAAAACAGUUCCUGCAGAUAUUGCAGGCCAACUCCACAGCUUCCAUUUAAACAACCACCCAUCAAAGGAGCAGUAGGGCUGGAGGAUGGAUUCCCUGGAUCACAUGCUUACAGACCCCCUGGAGCUGGAGGGCAAUUGCACACAGAUCAUGGAGGACUGCAUGCUGGGCACCACACGGAUCAGUCUGCCUGAGGACCUCCUGGAGGAUCCUGAGAUCUUUUUUGAGGUUGUCAGCUUGUCAACGUGGCAGGAGGUCCUGACAGAUGAGCAGCAAGAGCACCUAAAAAAAUUCCUGCCUCACUUCCCUGAGAACAACCAAGAGCAUCAGAACAAGCUCAUCUCAGCACUGUUCAGUGGGGAGAACUUUCGUUUUGGGAACCCACUGCACAUUGCCCAGAAACUCUUCCGGGAUGGACACUUCAAUCCCGAGGUGGUGAAGUACCGGCAGCUCUGUUACAAGUCACAGUACAAGCGCUACCUGAGUGCCCAGCAGCAGUACUUCUACAGGCUGCUCAAGCAGAUCCUCGCUUCCCGCAAUCACUUGCUGGAAUUAGCCAGGAAAGGAGGCCCUGACAUGACCCUAAGGAGAAAGCACUUCCCACCAACAUACGACUCAGAAGAAAGAGACAGACGGACGCAUCGGCGCUACUUGAAGAUCCUGAGGGAAGUGAAAGAGGAGUGUGGGGACACUACCUUGUCUUCUGAUGAAGAAGAUCUAAUCUCUUGGCCUCCAAGUUCUCCAGCACGUUGUUCAAGUCCACCAUUCCCCCUGAGAGUGAUCCCCACGUUGUCAACCUUGGACAUGAAAACUGCAGACAAGAUAGAACUUGGGGAAAGUGAUUUAAAGAUGAUGUUGAAGAAACACCAUGAGAAACGAAAACGUCAGCCUGAUCACCCUGAUCUAGUCACGACAGACCUGACCCUUGAGGACAUCAUGACUCGAGUGAAUGCUGGCAGGAAAGGUUCCUUAGCAACCUUAUUUGACAUCGCAACCCUCAAGAAAAAGGUGAAGGACAAGGAAGAUAAGAAAAAAAAGAAGCCAAAGAUUAUUAAAUCUGAGGUGGAAGAUUUGGCUGACGCUCUUGGCAAUGCAGAUGGACUCCCAUCAAUGUCUCAGGACUUUUCCCCCCUCCCUCUGUCAUCUGUCAAAGAAGAACCUCUUGAAGAUAUGAAACCAUGCCUUGAAAUAAAUGAAAUAUCAUCCAGCUUCUUUUUCCUUCUUUUGGAGAUACUGUUUCUGGAAGGACCUGCUAUUCUCUCUGUGCUUGAAGACAAAGUUCUUGAUUGGCAGUCUUCUCAUGCCAGUGCACUAAAUAACUGGUUCUCCUUUGCCCCUAAUUGGUCUGAAUUGGUUUUACCUGCCUUGCAGUAUUUGGCAGGUGAUAGCAGAGAUGCUCCUUCCAGCUUCUCACCUUUUGUUGAAUUCAAGGAGAAAACUCAGCAGUGGAAAUUGCUUGGAAGUUACCAAGAUCAUGAGAAGGAACUGGCAGCACUGUUUCAUCUCUGGCUGGAGACCAAAGACCAGACUUUUUUCAAAGAAAAUGAAGACAGUUUGGAUGCCAUGCCACUGCCCAGAGUAAGGACUGACUAUGUAGUCCGGCCUAGCACUGGAGAGGAGAAACGGGUGUUUCAAGAGCAAGAGCGUUACCGUUACAGCCAACCCCACAAAGCCUUCACCUUCCGGAUGCAUGGCUUCGAGUCAGUUGUUGGUCCUGUGAAGGGGGUGUUUGACAAGGAAACCUCCUUAAACAAAGCCCGGGAACAUUCUCUCCUGCGCUCAGACAGACCAGCAUAUGUCACCAUUUUAUCCCUUGUUCGUGAUGCUGCUGCUCGCCUUCCUAAUGGGGAGGGAACUCGAGCUGAAAUAUGUGAGCUGCUGAAAGAUUCCCAGUUCCUAGCUCCAGAUGUCACAAGUGCACAGGUUAACACUGUUGUUAGUGGUGCUCUGGACCGAUUGCAUUAUGAGAAAGAUCCCUGUGUGAAAUACGAUAUUGGGCGGAAGUUGUGGAUCUACCUGCACCGGGACAGGAGCGAGGAAGAGUUUGAACGGAUCCAUCAUGCUCAAGCUGCUGCAGCAAAGGCCAAGAAAGCUCUUCAGAAGCCAAAACCUCCAGCUAAAAUGAAGUCAAGUAGCAAGGAGAGUACUGUGAAAGCCCUCCCCACCAGCACAGCAGAACCUAGUCAGCUGAGCCUCAGUGACUCCAGCAUGCCACCGACUCCUGUGACUCCAGUGACACCAACUGCCCCUGCAUUGCCAGCAACACCCAUCUCACCCCCACCGGUGUCUGCAGUCGGCAAGAGUGUAUCUGGUGCUGGGUCAGAGCCAGCAAAACCCAGCCAGAGCGUUCUCCUGGUGUCUUCUCCCACCAUGCCCCAGCUGGGGACAUUGCUGUCCCCAGCUCAGAGCUCACAGGUGCAGCCAGGGCCAGCGCCCACCCCGCGUGUAGUCAGUCACAGCAGCUCUUCAGGCCUGCCACAGGUCCGUGUGGUCACUGCCCAAUCCAGCCUGCCAGCUAUGUCCCAGCAAGCCCCAGUGGUCACCCAGCAGCAGCAGCCCACGUCAGUGCCUCAAAUCCGUAUUCCAGCUACAGCCACACAAACCAAAGUGCUCCCUCAGGCUGUGAUGACUCUGCCCGUAAAAGCUCAAAGUAGCCCUGUGCAGGUGCCGAGAGCAGGAAGCUCCAUGGCCAGCCAGGCAGGUAUCACUGUGACGGGACUGCCUGCAAUGCCCAGCCCUGCUGUGAAGCCAGUGACCAGCUCUCCAGGCAGUUCUGCUGCCAGCACCUCCUCCACCACUAUUAUUCAGAAUGUGGCUGGCCAGAACAUCAUCAAGCAGGUGGCUAUUACAGGACAACUUGGCAUGAAGACCCAGGCUGGAAGUGGCAUCCCACUCACAGCAACCAAUUUUCGGAUCCAAGGGAAGGAUGUGUUGCGCCUGCCCCCAUCCUCCAUCACCACAGACGCAAAGGGACAAACGGUGCUGCGCAUCACUCCAGAUAUGAUGGCCACCCUGGCCAAGUCUCAAGUCACUACUGUCAAACUGACUCAGGACCUCUUCACAGCAGCUGCAGGAAGCAGUGCUGGUGGGAAAGGCAUCUCUGCAACUUUGCAUGUGACAUCCAACCCUGUCCAGACUGCUGAGUCUUCAGCCAAGACAAGCACGGUGUCUCCUGCCUCUGCCAGCUCAGCCGGAGGCACUGUGGUUAAAGUGACUCCUGACUUAAAGACUGCAGAGCCGACAAGUUCUGCUUUCCGCCUGAUGCCUGCCCUGGGCGUGACUGUGGCAGACCAGAAGAGCAAAGCCAUAACCACAGUGGCAUCCACAGAAGCCAAGCCAGCUGCCACGAUCAGAAUUGUGCAGGGGCUGGGGGUAAUACCCCCCAAAGCCGGGCAGACCAUAACUGUAGCCACUCAUGCUAAGCAGGUGCAGUCGUCCUCGGUGGUGAGCAUUGCUGGCACAGGCCACACCUCCUUACCCACCGUGAGUGCCACAGUGUCCAAAGCAGUUGCUGUGGCCUCAGGAGCUGCGGGAACCCCCAUAAACAUUGGCACAGGAGCCACAGCUGUGCGGCAGGUGCCCGUCAGCACCACAGUGGUAUCUACAUCCCAGGCAGGCAAACUUCCAACACGGAUCACAGUACCCCUGUCAGUGAUCAGCCAGCCAGUGAAGGGCAAGAGCGUGGUCACUGCCCCCAUCAUCAAGGGCAACCUCGGUGCCAACAUCAGUGGAUUAGGCAGAAAUAUCAUCCUGACUACAAUGCCAGCAGGGACUAAACUGAUUGCUGGGAACAAGCCUGUGAGUUUUCUGACUGCACAGCAACUACAGCAGCUGCAGCAGCAAGGCCAAGCCACACAGGUGCGAAUUCAAACAGUUCCAGCCUCCCAGCUCCAGCAGGGAACAGUCUCUGGCUCAACUAAAGCAGUGUCCACUGUGGUUGUGACAACAGCUCCAUCUCCAAAGCAGACUCAGGAUCAGCUGUAAACACUGGUUUGAACAUGGAUCACUUUCUAAGAACUUCCCUGAGCCUGUUGUCAUCCUCCAUCCAACCAACCACCUGCGGCUGCCUAACCCCAGCCAUGGCUUGGAAUUGGACUGGGUUCUGCCCUUGCUUCUCUAGGGUCAGCACUGCCAUGUCUGGGUAGAAAUUCCACAGGAAAAAAAAAAAAAAAAAAACCAAAAAAACAAAAACAAAACAAAACCAAACCAAAACAAAAACAUGCUGUACCUGCAAAACAAAAUGUUUCAAUCCAGAUAUGUAAAUCCAGGUUCUGUAGAAUUUAUGAUUUAAGAAAUGUCUUGCUGUUCUUUGUACUUGUUCCAUCCAAAGGACUUUUGGCAAAUACAGUUCCUGUGCAUUUUCAGUUGUAGACAAAGCAGUUAUCUUGGAUCUUCAUUAAGCAGGGAAGGUUGCUUGGAAGGGGUUAUUCAGUGGCUUUUCAAAGUCAUGGAGAAAAUGUCUGCUUUUACUGGAGUCUGGCUGUCACUACUGUUACCUAGUGACUCAGGAUGGUGUCUUUGACACCAGAGUUACUGUAACUCACAUUCGUGUCAGGUUACUGUCAAAGACACGGUGAUAGUCAAAGUGUUUUUUUUCUGAAAUAGAGUGAGUGACCAUGGAGGAGAGGGAAAUGAGAUACAAGUCUGUCAGCAAAUGGGACUGUAUUGGAAAGGAAAAAGUUGAUAUUCAGAAGAAAGAUCCUCUCUUAGCUUUCUUCAACAUAGAAACCUUUUUAUCAGUGGAAACAAACUGUGCCUUGGUUUAAAAGGUUGGAAUAUGUUUUAAAAUACACCCAAACUGUUGUCUCUUGGGUUCUGAAGAAAUACUUCAAGCCAUGACCGUGGCUGUUAGUUUUGGUUUUACUUUUGCAGUUUUAUCUAUGUAAAUAUUUUUGAAUUUUGCACAUACUGGAGAUGAAUUUGUGACUGUUCUGACAUGACCUUGAAACUGAAUGAGAUCAAAAGAUGUGCUGAAUGAGAUCAAAAUAUGUCCAUCAAAAGAUGGAGAAGAAUAAAAGUGUAGAAAGCCUUACAGAUCUCUACCAUAUCCUUUUGGUUCUCUACAGCGUGUUUUGUGUACAUUCAUUGUCCAGCUUGCCAAGGGCUAAUAGCCUGUCCAUCUUCUUGAUGAUAUUGUUCUUUUUAACCUAGUCUUUUUCUGUAGGCUUUUUUUUUUUUUUUAAGAUGUGGUUUGCUCCAAGUUAUAUAUUAUAGAAUAUAAUAUAUUUAAAGAACCCAGUUGUACAGUUCAGGAUUGUUGUGGUUGGAGCUCUGUGUGUGUUACUCUGGCUGGGCUUCAGGCUGGGGUUGUGGAUCUUUCUGUACUGUAUCUAACCCACUUCCCACUUAGAAGGAAAACAGGUAUUUCAGUAGGAAAAGAAGUGACAGGAUAUAAAUACUGAGUUAGCAGGACACAUCAGUUCAGUAUUUGAAAGUAAGUGCUUGAAUUAUGGUUUAUAUGCUUCACAGUUUGGAGUGAUAAAGGUUGUCUGUUCUGCUUUGUCAUGUUUUGUACGUUUUGCACGUUUAUCAAUCAGGAGCCAGCAGAAAGAUUGUGAUUUGGGAGGGAGGUUAGGACAUUCCGAAGUCCUUUUAGUUGUGAAGUUAAAAGACUAAAUUAAGCAGGCAACAAGCAAUUUCCUGCUAUUGCUUAUGUGAAAGAACCUUUAAAUUCAAAACAUAAUCAAGAUAAUCCUGCUAUGUUCUGUUCAUAAUUAAUAAAUUAUUAAUUAACGUACA